AGUCUGCAAGUUCUGCGGCUACACCAGUGGGGACAUAGAGAAGUGUGAGCGAUGCCACAGGAAGCUGCCCACAGAUGUCAAGAUCAUGAAGAAGCACCAAGAUGGCGGCAAGACUAUAGACAAGAAGUCCUUCUAUGGAGCCCGACUCAAUGAACAAAGCAAACCAUAUGUUAAAAAGCACCCACCCUAUCAUGUGGGGAACACUCGGAAGUGUUCGUCCCCGGUGGACUUCAAUGUGCAGGGGAGUGAACAACACGUACGGUUCAUACGCCAGGCUAACGCCAAGAGCUCAGCGGAUGUCUCGAGUACAUGAGCCAGAAACAGUGACCAUUUCAUCAUCCGAUGAGGAAGAUGCCUCUGCCAGAGCCAUGAUGGCUGCAAACUCAUCGCUCAUCCAAGACCAAUCUCUGACUCGUGCUGUGGCUCUAACGCCGCCCUACACCCCAGGCACCACGCCCCAUCAGAACAGUGGAAGCAAUAGCCCCAACACCAGCCCUUGUUCCAGCCCCUUCAAAUACUCCACAGGAAGACCAGCCAGUCGUCGGGAAAAGAUGGAGGAUGCUACUGGCAAGGUACCUGGCAGGAAGCGUGGCAGGAAGCCCAAGAUAAGACAGAUGACCCAGCCUACUGCCGGCGGCAAGAUGAAGCGAGACAUCUCGGUGGAGCUGAACGUGAGGAGUGUCCGCAUCGGCUGCAUGAAGUCCACGCCACUGGAGCAUGUCACCAUCAACAGGGAUGGAUUCCAGUUCCAUGUCAUCUGUGAUGACCGCGAGACAGAGUUCCAGUUCGAGGUGAAUGUGGAUGAAAUACAGUCCUGUCAGGCGAUCUUGAAGCAGACCCAGCCACUAAUGUUCCUCCACACCUACGAGGAGUGCGUCGAGAGGCUGCGACAGGAACUCAGCAUGGAGGAGCCCAAUCAGAAGGGCUACUUUCCUGACAGCGAAGAUCUAACUCAGAAAUACAUUGUGAUCAUCAUCAACAAGAUCGAGGAGUGCGAGAGACAGGACAUUCGCAUAUUGUUUCAGCACUAUCAGCGUCUGACUGCAAGCAAGGUUCCCCUCCUCACGGACCUCAGCAGUGAUAAAGCCAACAUGCUUCUUGUGGAAACCACGCCCAAGAAAAACGAUAAGAUAUCUAAACUCUGUGAUAAAGCCAUGUCUUCUCUGAAGGAGAAGUCAAUGGCCUCCAUGUCUGGAGAAUCGUCCAAACACGAGGACAAGGAGAACUCAGCAGGGUCAAGGUCACCUUCACCACCACCAAAGAUUGGAUUUAGCGGGCCAAUAGAAAAAUUGCUGACCUAUCCCCCUCCACCAACCAAAGGUGGAAUCACAAUCACCAAUGAAGACCUCUACUGUCUCAACGAGGGAGAGUUCCUCAAUGAUGUCAUCAUUGACUUUUAUCUCAAGUAUUUAUUCAUUGAGAAGCUGAGUGAGGAAGAUCGAAGCAGGACUCACAUAUUCAGCUCCUUCUUCUACAAGAGACUCACCCAGAAACAGGCCCGCAACAGUAUGCCAGAAGAUGUUGCCAAGUUACCGGCAAUGAUACGGCGACACACCCGAGUGAAAACCUGGACUCGCCAUGUUGAUCUGUUCGAGAAGGACUUCAUCAUUGUGCCAAUUAAUGAACAUUCUCAUUGGUUCCUUGCAAUCAUCUGUUUCCCCAACAUGAAUGAGGAGGAACAUAUUCCGUACAUUCCCCGCACCCCGGAUCCAGAAACCCCGAGUCCCAACACUGAAGAGGCUUCAGAGGAACUCAAUAAGGAGGAGGGGGAGGAGCCUGAGGAGGGGGAACAGAAAGAGGAAACAAGUAUGGAUGCAGAUGAUGGCCAAACCUCCGUCAACACCAGUCCAAACAAGGAGAUCCGGGGAACUUCAUUAGAUCCCAGUGAAGUGUUGAACAACGGAGAUGAAACUAAAGAGUACAGUCUUGGAGUCAAACAAGCAUGUGUGCUAAUUUAUGAUUCCUUGGCUGGACCUUCAAGGAGUGCUAUCGUGCGCAUUUUAAAAGACUACCUACAGGUGGAGUGGGAUACAAAGAAGAAAGACAAGCGGCAAGUGAAGGACAAGUUGAAGGGAGGGUUCGUCAAAGUGCCUCAACAGACCAACUACUCUGAUUGUGGUGUCUACCUCCUGCAGUAUGUCGAGAGUUUCUUCAAGGAUCCAAUCAUGGACUUCUCAUUGCCCAUGAAAAGUUUAAAAAACUGGUUCAAGGAUGAAAUAGUGUUGAAAAAAAGAGAUGAAAUCCGUGAUUUGAUUUUGGAAUUGAAGAAAAAAGAGGAGGAGGGGGCUAGCUGAUGAUCUGUGAUAUGACACACAAACGAGAAACCAUAACCUGAAAGUGCUGCAGAGUUAUCUGCCCCUUGUGAUCGACAGGAAGUGUGAGUGCGGGCUACACACGGUCGGCCAAUCCUGGCCCAGAUAAUGCAGCCGCCAAUAAUAAAAGUGGUCACCCGUCCAAAGAAAAGAAAAAAUUCUUUUGUGUGAUGAUCGAACCAAUGAUGACCAAAUACCUUUCCAUGGAUAGUGAUUGCAUUCUGGGCCUGGGCUGGUGUCUAUCAUACCAGCAGGCGCUCGUGUGUAUGGGAUUGUGUGAAUGACGGUCAGUUCAACGGCUGAAGGAUGUACCUGUGGAAGAUGGAGUAGACAUUGACAAGAAACUACAGUGUGAGAGAUUUGUAUCAUAAUAUACCAAGAUGACCUGUUCGAUUCUUGCUAUGGGAUUCGGAUUGACUUUGUUUUGUUUGUUUUUAAUCAAUGAGGAUAAAUGAAAAAAGGGCGUUAUCAAAUGAGUACAGUAUUUACCUUCCAGUGGAAAUAUUCCUCUCAGAAUGUGUUUGCUAGCGUUGUAUGCUGCUUUGUGUUGUUGCCGUAGUUACGUGCAUCAUGAUGUUUCUGUGUUUUCAAAACAUCUUUAUGUGUACAUGUUUGCUUCCAUUGAGAUAACAUGCUUGGGUUGUCCCAUGUAACUGUCAUAUACAUUAAAAACAAGCAGAGCUAAUAAUGA